AUGGGCGCCGAUAACCAUACGACCGCAGCAGCCCAAGCUCCUGUCAAGCGAGGAACAGGAGCCAAGUCCAUCGUCGUCCAUGUGAGUCGUACACACCGAUUCCAGUCAGAUAAUGAGGCGUCCCGUCUACGCCGUGCUGAGCCUGUUCCACAGAGGUGUACGGAGCGACCGAACGAUGCCAGUCUCCAACGCCAGGAGAUCCAAACCGACCACAAAGAAGAGCAGGACACACCCGACGCGCAGACGCAAUACGCCAAACUGGAGACGCCCAUCAAGGUCCGUACCCAGGAGUUCUCUCGUCAGAACACGUACAAUAGCGACGCCGAGUCGGGACCAUCAGUCGCGCCGACGUAUCGUCCUAGUUCAGGCGCCAGACUCAGUGGAGCGGACAGGAUGGCGCACGAUCUCCAGUUAGGACCCAGAACCAUCACUCUGGACGACGCCGAUGUGGUGGAACACAAGGAACAGCAACACAUCGAGCAGUCCCGGAAGGACACCGACCAGAGCAGUAAGGAUGGCGCUACAGAACACACGAUGCACAUGAGCUCUAUUGAAAUACGGGACUCUGUUCUACCCAAACUACCCAAGAGAUACCUCAACGGCCAGUUCCAGAGCAAUUCCUACUUCUCGAGGAGGUUAUUACGCCUCUCUCAGCUGAUUGUGCUGGGAGACAUCGUCGCUCUGGGCUUCUUCUACUUCUACCAGUCCGACGCGGACGAUAUUCGCCAUGGGAAGUUGUAUGUGGGCUCUCCGUUGAAAGUUCUGGUCUCCAGUAACGAGCCCAGCUGCUCAACUUCCCUGGCUUUAGCAGCGUUAGUGUAUCAUUUGUUCCCGGCAGUGUUUAUCCUGGGGCUGCCAGCAUCAGGUUUGCGAGUUUUCGAGCCGUUCCGACGAGAGCAUCGCAUUGAUCGAGGCGGGAGACUACAGAAGGUCAAACGCACCGUCUGUCUGCAGAUUUGUGAGCUCGUGGGCGUGGGGAUUUUCCUGUAUGAAGCUCUGAUCCUCGGCUUCUUGGUCUACUACGUUGCAAGUGGGAAGAUCUUCGUGGACUGCGACUCCAACAUCCCCGCCUACGUGUUCUGUGGCUGUGCUAUCGUCAUGUUCUGGUUGCUGUUCGUACUUAUGCGAGCGUUUGCUCGCUUCCGUGAACACUUGAAGAUGCAGUUAGGAGCCUUCAAAGAGAGCGACCAGACUGGAGACGUCAAGGCGCAUAUGUUGCGCUCCAAGAUGAAGCGCAAGAAGCGGCAGCAACAGAAGAACGGCAAUGGCAAUGAGACGACGCCGACUCCAGCCAGAUCAACGAUCGUCAAGGACGUUAGCAAGCGGCUGUUCCGAGGCGCUCAGCUGGGCGAUCUCAAGCUUAUUCGACGCUCAAUUCGGAUCGCAAAGCUGCAUCUUGGCGAGAGCUUUGCUCGAGAAUUAUACCCCGAUCCUGUCAUGGUGUUUGGGAUCUUUGGACUCGCUAUGAAGAACCCCAUGCACGUAGCUGCGUACCAAGGCAACAUUGCAGCCAUGGACUUACUGUAUAAGGCGCAUUUCCGCGUCAAUGCCUUUGAUAAGGUCUCACGUGUGAGAUUCAGUACGGGCGAUCUCUUCUGGUAUCUCGCGAGUUAUUUCAUCCCCAAGCCUGUGGUCUCAGCGGACGAGACGUACAGCUCCGUGUUCAAGACGACGCUGGUGACACCUCUGCAUUGUGCUGUGAGUACGGGGCGUCUGGCUGCUGUGCGAUGGCUGAUUGCCCAUGGAGCUGAUGUGAACUUGUGCUCCAAGUCGUCGUAUCGCUGCGAGGGCCGCUUGCCGCCUAUUUUCCUCGCUGACCACCCAGAGAUCGUGCACGUCUUGCUACGAGCUGGUGCCAAUCAUCUUGCGAUCCCUGAUCCCGGUCAUAUGAACACAAUUACAGUGCUGCAGCUCGCGUAUUUAAGAGGCAACUACGCUGUUGCACAAGUUCUGGAAGACUGGGGCGGCGAUGUGGCGCUUACGCCACUGCACGCAGCAGCAGCGAUGGAUGACGUGGCUACGAUCAGGAGUUUUCUGCGUAAGAAGGUGAACCCGGACGUCUUAGGAGAGCUGGGAUACGUUGGACUGAACAAGCGAACGCCGCUGCAUUGGGCUGCUGUCAAUGGCGCAGUGGGGGCAGUGGAGAUCCUUCUGGCUGCGAAGGCCAAUGCGAAUUUCCAGGAUGCCCAUGGACGCACGGCUCUGCAUUGGGCUGCUCGUGUGAAUCGUGUGGAUAUUGUGCGCGUUCUACUGGCACACGGGGCAGACCCGACGAUCGUGGAUGAUGGAGAUAUGACGCCCAUCAUGUGUGCAGCUUGCGCGGGAGGCACCAGCGUGGAUAUGUUCAAGGCGCUGGUGGCGAGUGGGGGCGACAUCAACCACCAACUCCGCCUGACUGGAGAUACAGCACUGCACUUGGCAGUCAAACUGGAUGAUCAACAGACAGCUUUGGCUUUGCUGAGUAUGGGCGGAGACAUCAUGCGUACGAACCACGAUGGCUUCAGGCCUAUCGACUGCACCACGUCCACCAGGCUGCAGUUCGAGAUCAAACGUGCAGCAGGAACUCGAGACGUGAUGAUCAGCUAUACGCAUUCCCACAUGGAGUUCGCGUUAAAGCUGCGUAAGUCUCUGGAAGAUGCCAACAUCACUGUGUGGCUGGACCUCAUGGAUCCUAGCGGUAUCGGUGGUGGGUCUGUCUGGCGAGAGGAGAUAGCACGGGGGAUUACGAAUGCUGCAGUGGUGCUCUGUAUCCUAACAGAAGACUACGCACAGUCCGAAUGGUGUCUGAAGGAGCUGGCGUUGGCCAAGCAGGUGGGUACACCUAUCCUGGCCAUCUCCACUGAGCACGCCAAGAUCUCGGAGGAGCUUCAAGUGUAUCUGUACACGCGUCAGCUUGUUCCAUUCGAGAGCGCCAUUGCGAAGGUGGAGCAGGUGAAUGAGAAGGAAACUCGCUACAAAUAUGACGAGGACGCGUACAAGAACCAGCUGCGGAUGCUACUCGAUGGGAUGCGAGACGAGAUCGAGAAGCGCAAGGAGGACAACAUCAAGCGCAACAUGCGACGUGCGGAGACAAAUCCGAUGACCGGAUCGGGCCACGGAGCCAGCGGCGUGCGCAGUCGCCGUCUCCACCACGUGGCCUCAGGUAUGAGCUCCACCCACACGUACGGCAUGGAUUCCAUGAAGUUUGACGAGCGCGCACUGGCCUUAUCAGCGUUUGAUACGCCGAAUUUCUACUCCCAGACGUCCGACUCGAACGGCUCGUCGAUCCACGAGCUUGGCGAUGACGCGACCAUGCCUGUCAUGAUCGGGAAUAGUCGUCGUCGCGGUGCACCGGGCUCGUCUCGCUCUAUCGGGUCUACCGGCGUCUUCUCCGGUAGUCAGCGAGGUCUGCGCCUCAAUUACGACUACAACGGCACCAAUCUGAGCAUUUUGAGCAGCACCAGCUCCAACAGCUUCGUGGACGACUGUGGCGUGUCGGAUAGUAUCAUUCUGGAUACGGGAGGGUACUACUUCCAUCGAGCUACUAGCAAGGAGAAGCCCAAGCGUGGAGGACGCACCAAUGCCAUCUCAGAGAGAGACUCGAACGGUGCUGAGGAGCCCAAUACAAGUGAAAGCAUUGUGGAAGAUCUCCAGGAACUGCACACGGCUACUGCGAGUGGCGAGCAGUUUGUGUUUAUCAGCCAUGGCGACUACCACCAGCGAUUCGUGCGGAAGUUGUGUGCUGAGAUGUGUCGCGAGGGAGGAUUGAGAUGUUACGUGGAUCGCAAGCACAUGGUGAAGCUGGCCACGACGAUAGCAGAGGACACGGAGGAGGAGCUGGACAAGUCCAGGACGAAGCGCCCCGUGCUCUCGAGGAACGAGGACAUGUCGGUGCGUAUCCACGAAGCCAAGGAGGCGAUUCUCAAGUGCUCGGCGUUUGUCGUCCUCGUGUCGGAGAAAACUUUGGCCAGUGAACUGGUGAAAGACCAGCUCGCGUUUGCAGAAGACAAGGGCAAGAAGAUCUUGCCGGUGGUGGUGAACCGCAUGGACUUCACUCUCGACAUCAAGUACAGUCUGGCACGCAGCGAGUUCUUCCACUUCUUCACCAAGGGCGACAUGAUGGGCUUCCGUCAGUCGCUGCGACAUCUGCUGGACGCUCUACGAGAAGAAGUAUACGGUAUCAGCAUCGGAGGACCACUGCCCAGUUUCAGCUCUGGCGGUCAACUCGUCAGCUUUAACUCGGCUGGCCAGCUGCGUAGCUUCAACGGCGGCAAUGGGAGCGACGUACAGCUUCGAGGAGGCUUCGCAGACUUACGGGAGAGCUUCAUGUCGACUGGAGGGUCCUACCAUCCAUCCUUCCAGAGCCCAGUUAACGAGGGAAGCUUGCGUCGACGUCGCCCAAACUCGCACAGUCUUUUCUCGAGCUCACGCAGCGACAUGUCCAACUUCGGGCUGCCUCCUACACGACUCUCGCAGACUUUCUUGGAGACGACGGGUACCACUCGCAGUGUGACGUCGGACAUGAGUCUCUCGCAGUCGAUGAUCGGCAACUUCUCGACGCUCGUCGGACGGAUCACGGACGAUCUGGACGAGGAAGACGAACACAUUUCGUACGCAGGCAUCCAGGACGACGACUUUGACUCGGACGAAGAGGUGGAAGUGGCGGAGAAUGGCAAGGUGCAACGGAUGCAGGAGCAAGCGCCGUCGUUCUCAAGAGCGAUGCGGCAACACCCGGCGUUGGGUGCACUCUCCAGUGACGGCAGCUUCGACACUCGUCAACGAGGAUCCAACUCGUCCAUCAGUAUGCUGGAGCUCACGGAGUCGAGCGACCCUAUCAACAUCAGCUUCGACGCCAUGCUCGGCGAUAAAACACCAACCAGAUAA